CUGCUUAAUAUUCGUGCGGUGAGCUUUGUUUCUGCUAUUUGUGCUUAAUUACAUCAAAACAGACCGAAAAGAUGGCGUGCUCGUUGAGUGAACUAAUUGGACUUGCUAUUGUGGCUCUUCUGCUAUUUUCAAUGUCUAAUCGUGUGCAGUAUUAUUCAAAAAUGUUCAUCUUUGUGAUCUCGGCACUUGUCGCAGCAGUUUUUCCAAUUCCAAUUAUGCUUCAUCGACCGAAAGAUUGGCGAAAUGCUCUUAUACCUGCUUGGUGUAUUGUUAAAGUUGGAGAAUUCUUAGGCUUAACAUUUGAAAUUCAGGGAAUAGAAAAUAUUAAUCAAAAUGAAGGAAGUGUUGUGCUUGUCAAUCAUCAAAGUGCUAUUGACCUCAUUGUAUUAGGAAAAGUAUGGCCAAUAAUUGGACGUCCUACGCAGAUUGCAAAAAAGGAAUUAUUCUAUUUAAUGCCAUUCAGUCUCGCAUGCUAUUUAUGGGGUACAAUCUUUAUAAAUCGUCAAAAUCAUAAAUCGGCAUUGGACACCAUCAACAAGCAAUCGAAAGCAGUCAGUGAAAGAAAGUCAAAUAUCCUAUUUUUCCCCGAAGGUACGCGCAAUCAAUCAGAGACACUGUUGCCGUUCAAAAAAGGACCAUUCCAUGUUGCUAUUCAAUCGCAAUGUGUAGUACAGCCAAUUGUCGUGUCACGAUACACACACUUAGACUCAAAGCGUAAAAUCUUUGGACGUGGUAAAGCUGUGAUUAAGAUAUUGCCAGCUGUUAAGACUGAAGGGCUAGAUAAGUCAAAUAUUGACUCUCUACUGACAAAUGUACAAAAUAUCAUGCAGGAAAACUUUGAAAAGUUAAGUGAUGAAGUUGCUGCGUCUUCAAACAUGAAAUACUUUUAAGGAUGCCAAAGACAUGAUAAAAAGUUUUACAAGGAACAUUUGAGCAGAGCUGCGAAACAGGCACCUGUGACAGGUGAGAACCCU